GACUAGCACGUGUCGCAUAAAACCCCUCAUUGAUUUUUCGGGCUGAAAUUUCAUCAGUUUUGAAUUUUAACGUGAUUCAACUUGUCAGGUUCGAACUAGCUUUCGUUGUCUCGGUUUUUUGGUUGGUUUCUUCCUUGAAGUUCCUUGUAAUAUUGCCAUGCCAAAGUCCUUCCUUGUGAAAAAGGCGAAGCGCCGACUCGACGAAGUCGGAGAGAGUAAUCUCUCGUGUUCUGACAAAAGAGAGCCUUGUGAGUCCCCUACGUCAGCGCUCUCCAUGUUGAAUCAUGGGAAGCAGGAGGAGGACACACCGAGUACGUUACACCACAUCAUGAAAGACCCAUCUAAAGACACGACAGAUGCUGCGAGGAACAGUUCAGUUUAUAGGGGCAGACCAGCUGAAAGGUUGACGGAAAAUUGGCCUUUAUUGCCCCACAUGUUUUUCUUCCCAUCUUUACCAACUCAAGGUAAUCCUCUGGCGGAAUGUUGUGCGCCUCUAAAAGUGCAAGUCUUGACGAGCAACUCGGUCAAAGAUGGCCAUUCUCCACCCAAUGAAGAAAGCAGAGAACGUGCGCGCAGACUUAAUAAGAUCGCCGAAAAGAUACCAAAACAUGCAGAAAUACAAGGAACAAUCAGAAAUAGUGAAAUUUUCCCGCCUUGGCUCCUCGAUUCUGCGCCAAAGUUUUGGAAAUCUGGACUAACCGAUGGAGCGCGCCUUCCUCUUCCCAAAUUCAAUUUUCCCGAUUCGAGGAUGAACAGAGAACGUGUUGAAAUGAACCGUCAUCAUUUUUACCCUUUUGAGAGAGUUCUUUGGUCAAGAAAGAGAAAAAUUGCGGGUACUGAAAGGGAAAUCUCCUUGUCACCUCAAAGUUAUAGGCUUCUCGAAACAUCUCAACUACCAGCGGCCAAGUGGAAAAAGUAUAGGAAAAGCCGAGAACACGGUGAGGGGGAACAUCAGAAACCAGAAAAAGACAGAAAUAUCGGACAGGAAAAGGAGUCGAACAGAGUGCAUGAUAAAGAUAACAUGGAACAGAAAGUACAGUCGAGAAAAUUGCCAGGCCGAGUGCUCACAAAUCGCAUGGAAUCUGAACACAACCCCAGGAAUAUUAAACACCACCAAGAUCCUACCGAUUGGCACAUCGUCGUGCCGAGCAGAUUGGCAGAGGGAAUGUUCAAUUAUCAUGAUCCGUAUUCGUUAUGGGGACAAAGCGCUGCCGUAACAAGUUCUGUGUGGGUUCCUGACGUUUUAAAGACUGCAUCGAAAGAAGAUGUCACUGGAGAUGCGAAUGGCUCCAAGGGAACUGAAUUAUGGACGUUUAAAACAAAGAAAGAAGGAGAAGUUUCUUGUAAAGCCAAAGAAGAAACUGCAGUCUUUAAUCAGAAGGAAGAAGACAGGAAUACUUUCCAGCCCAAGCUGAAUUCUGAAAACCAAAUGGCGUGGUUCAAAAAGGGCUCACUUAGUCCAAAACUUAUAAAGGAAGAUUCGUGUGACAACAAAUCUGUUCUCAGUUUCUCUAACGACGAAGAUCACGUUCGAGAUUUUCAAAGGAAUCUAAGGAAAGAAGAAGAGAUUUUUAAAGAUGACACAAGAAGUUCACCAGAUCACAGUACUAUCAAAGAUGUUAAUUUGCAUAAACUUGUGACAUUUGGUCACCAGAAUGCAAACUUAUCCAGACGUUUUAGCCCGGUGGAAAUUAGAGAUGGGAAAUUAUCUUCUGUGUCGUUCAGAUCUCCAGAACGGGUAAGCCCAAGCAACGACGCGAUCAACUUAAAGAAAAGGAAAGAAUCUGACUCUUUGCUGCUCCACCAAGACGCCAAAAUGAACGUUGUUGAAAAGUCAAACGACGAGGUUCUUCCGUAUUCCUCGUCGUUUUGGCUUCUCAGCAAAGAACCAUCCAGAGUAUCCCAGGGUAGUGUUCGCCCAAAAUUACCUGUUGUAGCUUCCAGCCCUUCCUAUUGGAUGACGAAAAAUGGAGCUCAUGAAAAUGCGAAAAAGGAAUCCCCGAACGGAACUAACAGCCACAGAUGUGAAAUAUGCAACAGUGCGUUUCCACUUCGUCGUCUUCUCAACCGCCACCUUAAAACACAUUCAUUCUAUAAGCGUUACACUUGCUCCUACUGUGACAAAGGCUUCAAUGACACGUUUGACCUGAAGCGUCAUGUAAGAACACACACUGGAAUAAAACCUUUCAAGUGUGAGCAGUGUGACAAGUCGUUCACUCAACGAUGCUCUUUGGAGGCACAUCAAACACGGGUACACGGCAUAGUGCACAAGUUUGGUUUCCGUGAGAGACGCUCGAAGAUGUUCGUGUGCGAAGAAUGUGGAGCCACGUUUAAAGACAGCCAGUCAGAAUUCAUGACCCACAUGGCGAGUAUGCACCCAAAUCGAGAGAGAGGUCCAUGGAUGAACAAAAACACAAACCUCUGCUCACAAGUUAUAACAUUUUGAAACACUGAAUACCUUUCAUUGUUAUCAUCAUCAUUUUUGUCGUUAGUAUCAUCAUGAUUAUCAUUAACACCAUCUCAACAUAGCUAUACCGAAUUUUCUCAAGCUAUUUCUACAAAUUUUUAGCUCUAGUUGCCUUCACCGAGGAGGGAAUGAUCGUUUAAUCAUACACAUUCCCAGUGUAACAGUCUUAGACGACGGUUUCGCAUAAACUGAUCCAAACAGAUAGACAGAUACGCUGUUGUCCAUACAUUUUUAAUACCGCAACAGAAAACCGGCAAGAAUUUGUUUAACAAUCUUGAGCAUCUUAAGUUGGCGAUCGUUCCCUUCAUUCUUUUCACUGUAAUGCUUGAUUUAGCAGCGAUACCUUAGGGAGAAAUCAGACGCUGGUCACCCUCAGGGGUUACAGAGUUAAACACACAAACACCAGCGCCGCAGAAUAUCAGUCGCAUCUGAAAUUCAUACUAUGAAAAUCGAAACCUGGGUGCUCUUUUCAACUAAUUGUAUCAAGUUUUAUUGAAACAAUUUCACAUCACAGUUUACACUUCAGCAUUUUCGAGUCUGUUUUCGAUUUAAAUGACAUCAGAGAUUUGUGAAAUCUUUCACUCUCAACAUUAUGAUAUCUAUACUUUCUAGCGCAGUUUCAUUCUGUAAAUAAAUAGUUCUGUGGAGUCAGUAGUCCUUUAACGAGAGAGCAUCUCAUCCUCUUUUAGGGGAGGGAACAGAUCUCGAAUCCUCUUGAGAGUUAAAGAGAAUGCAAAUUCAAGCUUACAACUUAGAUUUAUAAAUUAAAAAUUGGGUCUGACGAACAGUUCUGCUGUUAGUAAUUCAACAUCAAAUCACGUCUUUGAAUCAUGUUUUAAGAGAGAAUAAAGAUGAAAUUACC